AGAAUGGACAGAGCGAAAGUGUAGAGCCACAUAUAACACACCUGUUCUGCUCUGCCGCGCCUGCUCAUGCAGUCCAUUGAACCUCGACGACCCCUAUCACUCUUUCGUUGGUGGCCAUGGACGACGUCGAGGCCAAGGGCCGUAAACGCAUACGCGACCUGGAGUCGGAAGGUCCCCCGGACCUUCACACAGCGAAUCAAUCAGAGGAGCCUAAGUCCAAGUCGCUAACCCUGUCCGAAGCGCGGUGCGUGAAAUCUAUAGCAAAAGACUCCAAACUAGCGAAGCUGUCUUUUCUUUUUCUUUUUCCUUUCUUUCUGAAUCCCUUUAUUGUCCGCGAGGGCCGAGCCCUAUGUAGACAAGUGAAGCUGUCUACAGGAGGCGAGCCUCAUUCCUUGGCGGCUGGAAUGGCGGUAGAUCGUCAGGGGCCUCCUCACGAGUCGGAGCUGAUGGCACUGCGGUCGGACCGGGCACUCGAGCAGUCUGUCGACUUGGACAUCGGUUUGGAUCCGUCUGUAGGGGCUGGGGAGCCUUCUGCCACGGACUCUAGGAUCGCCAGCCAUCAGGUUCAGGACGAUAGGGACACGACCACCACUGGAGCCCCGACUGCCGAGACUAUGACAGACAGAGAGUGCCAUCAGUGCCACAAGAGGGCAGCGCAGAGAUGGGCCCUUCUGCGGCGGUACAUAAAUUUAUGGUAUGUUGUAAGUGGUGGUCGUUAUCCGUAUAUGGCUCAUUGAUCCUUAUGCAUAUUUUAGCCUUGGCCAAGGGACCAGCUAUUGUGAAAGGAGUGGGGGCAGCUAGUACGAACUGUAAGAGACACGGAGUGACUCAGUCUCGACGCUGUAUGUUCGAGUACUUG